UAUGCAUUCGCUUACGCAUUGAAAGAAUGGCACAGAAGUUUAUGUGGCCAGAUGAAAGUUGUUUGUCCCGCUAUGAAUGAGGCAAAGCCCGAAGACCUCAGGCUUCAAGGAUAUCUCAAGAAUGUAACUUUUAAAGUUAACGACGGGACCUCGUGAUUUGGGACAAGGGGAGGACAUCGUGUGAUAGGGUGGUAUUAGCAUCACUUCAAGAAUCUUCAUGUGAACAGAUUUCCACAAGCAUCAGAUUGGGUGGACGAUUGUGUCAUCACUCAUGUGCUUCCAGUUAGACGUGGCUAUACAUGUCACGUCACACUGCAUUUUCUUCAAGAUCUUCGUACCAGCUCACUAGAACUGUGGAUCGCCGUGCAGUACUUCUCGUGGUACAUGUGAACUCUAAGAGUGCAUAUGAAUCGGAAUAUUUUGACGUCAUCCAAUGGUUAAACAACAUAUGAAUGAAGCCUAAACAAAUAUUAUAACAAUAUAAAACACAAAACAAUGCCACAACAAUAAUACGUAUGUACCUUUUAUGGAAAUGGUUGCUUACAUCCUCUCAAUCGCUCUGUCCUGUUGUGACGGUUAGGACUGUAAAUUAAGUGCAUGUGUAUAAAGUACAUUAUUUACUUUUAAGAAUCUCAAUCCAAUCCAAAUUUGACUUGCACAACAAUGGCAAAUAAAUACACAGGACUCAUUUGAACAAUGCAUUCUGAUAAUACAAUUAUAUCAACCUUAUAAAUUCACCCACAAGAUUUAAUAAACUGUCAGUGACAAAACUGGCAUCUUUUCAUGAUGAAAUCCUGCUGCCAAUUGAGUAAGGCGGCAAACUUGGUGCAAGAGCAGAUAAUCAACAUUGAACUCACGCCAAUAUAUACAAGAAAGAGACAAAGGUUAAAAACAACCAUACAAACAAGGGAGACGACUACACAUAUAAUUUGUGACUGGUUACAUCUUAUUACAAUCCAGCAGGUUUCGAAUUCAAGUUCAACAACAAUGACGGCCCAGCCCGCUACAGCGUCAUGCAGAACUUCCGGCACGAGUGGAGGGAGGUGGGAGACAUUGCCGAUAAUCGUCGGCUGUUUCCGGGCAACACUAUACGCUGGUUUGAAAAUAACGAAUCUCUCGGUUACCGAGCGUCCAUGUGUUCGGCAGAGUGUCGGCCCGGGGAGGCGAAACUGCCGAUUACAGGAAGGAGCUGCUGCUGGUCGUGCCACGCAUGCGCACAGUUUGAGUAUCUUCACGAAGAAACCCAGACUUGCAUCGCGUGCCAAGCCGGGACAACAACCAACCAAUCAAAAAACGGCUGCGCGGACAUACCGGAAAAAAGCAUGAACAUGCACAGAAAGUACGUAAUCAUUUUCAUAGCGUUCGUCUGCCUUGGUAUUGUUGUCACGUGUCUUAUAGCAGUGUUGUUCUACUGGCAUCGGUACACGCCUCUCAUCAUGGCUUCGGGGAAGAAACUGAGCUUCGUACUUCUAUUCGGGGUGGUGCUUUCAUACGCAUCAACAAUCGCGUUCGUCGCUUACCCAACGUCGACUUCUUGCACCUUCACCAGUGUGCUUCUCGGGUUAAACUACACUAUUUGCUACGCCGCUAUACUCGUAAAAACCAACCGGAUUUACCGAGUAUUUAACAUACACACGAGUAAGCCCAAGAAAGUUACGUUCAUAAGUGCUAAAUCACAGUUGCUAAUCACGACCGCGAUAGUGUUCGUGGAGGUCCUAGUACUCGUUUUCUGGCUGAUAUUCGCACCGGCUGACGUAGUGUAUGAACACCCGACUUCGCUGACAACGUGCGUGCGUGCGGCGACGCGCGCGGCCACUCGUACAUCAUUUCGCUCAUCUACCUGCUGUUACUGAUGAUCGCGUGCGUCUACUACGCGGUGCGCACGCGUAAAACGCCCGACGGCUUCAACGAGACGCGCUACAUCGAGUUCGGCUCCAACUCGUUCAGCAUUCUCUGGAUUGCCUUCAUCGCCAUGUACGUCUCCGUCUCGAACAUUUUCCGACGUGUGGGGGCACUGUGCUUCUUUUCCGUCAUGAACGCCACCAUCACGCUGAUCACCCUGUUCGUCACAAAGGCGUAUGUUGUGCUGCUCAAGCCGCAGAAGAACACGCGCGAGAACGUCAUGUCCCGUCGGCGCACGUGCAACAGUUACGAAAACGUAGACAUACGCAACCUCAGCCGUAUGACAAGCGCGGUUUCAAACUGGCACUCCACACACCCUGUGGUCAGUUCCCAGACGUCGUCAAUGAUACAUGGUCAAGUGCCGAAGAAAUACGGACCCAACCUCCCAGUUUCACUUUCCGCCGUUAAUCUUAACAACAUUGGCAAAUCAGUCGAAAGUCUUUACUCGGUAAAGUCCGUGGUUUCCGAUCUGCCGGAUCAUCGACAAUUCGCGAAUGAGGACAUACAUCAAUAUCACGUACCUGUUCGGAAAUCUACGGAUUUAGGCGAUUUAAGACUGAACGAGUUUAUCGAGAAAAGUCGCAUAAGUCAUAAAAACGACUCCGUUGAGGACGCUGGUCCGGGGAUCAUUUCCGGUGGCGUCCCGAGGCGUUCACUCCGCUCAUUCCGGUCCCGGAAGCAGCGGCACCGCACGAUGAAGCGGACAAAGAGCCUGAACGCUGCUCACAAUCCUACCAUAGUGGUCACCUCGGCGUCAAACGAAGACAUCUCUACACGGUUCAAGGUGGUUUCGUCGACGGCCAGGGCGGUGGAGUUGCUGAAGGACUGUCGAAAGUGUUCAUGGUUACCAACCUGUGCCCUAAUGAGUACCCUAACCUGAGCUGGUGCAGUCAACAGGGCAACAACGGGGUCAACCAGUAC